AUGUCCGUAUACCGUCCACGAGCUGUCUCCGACGCGCAGAUGCUUGAGCCACCUUCACCAUACCAACAGUCACGGCCAAUAUCCACGCUAUACAACGUCAGAUCGGCGGCGGAUACGCGGUCGAUGAUUGCGCCCCGGUCGCGGGCUGCAUCUGACGCUCAGACAAUCGUACCUGCCACCCCGAGGGCAUUUGAGCGUACGACUUUGCCGGGAGAAGCGCAUGAUGCGGCCUCGUUGUCCGGAACGAGGGACGCCGCCUCGUACAGACCCCGUGCAACGUCGGAAGCACCCUCCAUGAUUGAUCCGCUACCGACACCGCGAACCUUUGAGGAACGGCCUCCUUCUAUAUGGGGACAACAAAAGUUUGAGCCGACGCCGUGGGCCGGAAGCUUCCAGGAGGACAAAGCGUCGCCGUUGGCACAGACCAUUGCCCUCAACGAAGCGAGAAGGAAACAACUCCUAAGCGGUCUGAGCAUAGUGACACCAGGAUCGCAGGCUGGAAGGAAGUUGCCCUGGGGAGAAGGUGACACAAAGAUAGAAGUGCUACCGACGUCCACGCCAGCCACGCCAUACGCCCAAAGCGUGGUAUCGGAAGGCGCUUUCGAGUUGAAAGCUGAAGGGGAGGCGGAAAAGGCGAGGUCAAGGCUGGCGAGGCGGAAGUUGAGAUGGGGCGUCAUGUCUUCGAGCAUCCCGCCCAGGGACCGGUCGGCGUCUCUUCAUGGGAGCAACGAGCCCGCUACUAUGAGGACAGCUCACCUGACUUUUGGAACGGUGGAGAAUGGCGUGGUGCGGCCCGAGGUUGGAGCGAUUUACGAGUAA